UGCAAUAAAGCCUUCCUUUCCAAAAGCGAUCUAACAAGGCAUAUGAGAGUACAUACAAAGGAGAAGCCAUACCGCUGUGAGAUUUGCAGUAAGGCCUUCUCAGAGAAAAGUCAUCUAGUAUGUCACAUGAGAGUGCAUACAAAGGAGAAACCAUACAGCUGUGAGAUAUGCACCAAGUCAUUCUCAUGCAAGAGUGGCCUGGUAAAGCACACGAGAGUACAUACAAAGGAGAAGCUGUACAACUGUGAGAUUUGUAACAAGGCCUUUUCACACAAAACUUGUCUAGUGAGCCAUAUGAGAAUACAUACAAACGAGAAGCCAUACAGCUGUGAGAUUUGCAAUAAGGCCUUCUUAGAGAAAAAUACUUUAGUGCGGCAUAUGAGAGUACAUACAAAAGAGAAACCAUACAGCUGUGAGAUUUGCAGUAAGGCCUUCUCACAUAGAAAUAGUCUAGUUAGCCAUAUAAAUACAUACAAAGGAGAAGCCGUGCAUCUGUGAGAUUUGCAAUAAGGACUUUUCACAUAGAACUAGUCUAGUGAGUCAUAAGAGAGUACAUACAAAGGAGAAACCAUACAGCUGUGGGAUUUGCAACAAGGCCUUUUCUGAGAAAAGUACUC